UGUCACUCAGCUCCCGCGCCGCGCCGGGGGGCGAGGAAGGCGCUGGCGCCAGAGUGGAGAGUCUCGGCUGGCUACCACCUCCUGGAACUAACAGGCUAGCCCUGGCUUCUCCCGACGUCCUCCAAGGGAGCGACUCAUCCAGGCUUCGAGGUCUGGGGCUACUUGGGUAGACAGUUCAGGUGGCCAGCAGCUCGGCCAGCUUUGGUGUGACCUUGGGGCUGCCUAUGUCCCCCUCCUUCCCAGGCUGGCACCCGCACCGCAGACUUCCUGGCCACAGGUGUUGGCCUCGUGCCCCAGGGCGCCUGUCUGCUGAUGUGCCCAGCUCCUGCCCACCAUGCCGCCCUACAUCUCAGCCUUCCAGGCUGCCUACAUUGGCAUCGAGGUGCUCAUUGCCUUGGUCUCUGUGCCCGGAAAUGUGCUGGUGAUCUGGGCUGUGAAGGUAAACCAGGCGCUUCGAGAUGCCACCUUCUGUUUCAUCGUAUCACUGGCGGUGGCUGAUGUGGCCGUUGGCGCCCUGGUCAUCCCACUGGCUAUCCUUAUCAACAUCGGGCCACAGACCUACUUCCACACCUGCCUCAUGGUGGCCUGUCCUGUCCUCAUCCUCACCCAGAGCUCCAUCCUGGCCCUGCUUGCUAUCGCUGUGGAUCGGUACCUCAGAGUCAAGAUCCCUCUCCGGUACAAGACAGUGGUGACCCAGCGGCGGGCAGCAGUGGCCAUAGCCGGCUGCUGGAUUCUCUCCCUUGUGGUGGGCCUGACGCCCAUGUUCGGCUGGAACAACCUGAGUGUGGUAGAGCAAGCCUGGACAGCUAAUGGUAGUGUGGGCGAGCCUGUGAUCAAGUGUGAGUUCGAGAAGGUUAUCAGCAUGGAGUACAUGGUCUACUUCAACUUCUUCGUCUGGGUGCUGCCGCCGCUGCUCCUUAUGGUCCUCAUCUAUCUGGAAGUCUUCUACCUGAUCCGCAAGCAGCUUAACAAAAAAGUGUCGGCCUCCUCAGGGGACCCACAGAAGUACUAUGGGAAGGAGCUGAAGAUUGCCAAGUCGCUGGCCCUCAUCCUCUUCCUGUUUGCCCUCAGCUGGCUGCCACUGCACAUCUUGAACUGUAUCACGCUCUUCUGCCCCACCUGCCAGAAACCCAGCAUCCUUAUCUACAUCGCCAUCUUCCUCACGCACGGCAACUCGGCCAUGAACCCCAUCGUCUAUGCCUUCCGGAUCCACAAGUUUCGGGUCACCUUUCUGAAGAUUUGGAAUGACCAUUUCCGGUGCCAGCCCAAGCCUCCCAUUGAUGACGACAUCCCAGAGGAGAAAGCCGAUGACUAGACUCUUGCUUGCUCCCUCCAGGCCACACCCGGUGGCUCUCUGUUCAGCUCUCUGUUCCCAUGUCCCCACUGUCCCACUGUUUCUCCUCAGCUCCCCCAGCUGGGCUGUGGAAUGUGGGCACCGGAGGAUCUGAGGAGGUGCCUUAGAGGAGGGUCCCUUCUCCCAGGAGCCAGCUUCCCUGUACCUUGGGGAUCUGGAGGAGGCUUGGAAGUGGGACAGACUAUGGCAGGGACCUGGGUGCCGUGACAGGGGUGUCUUGAGUGCCCCAUUCCUGGCUGUUCUCUGAGCAGUACAGAGAUUCAGGGCUAGAAUAUUCUGCACCUACUGUCAGAUGGAGGAGCCAGCUAUUAGAUAAUAGUGGCCAAAGGACCAACCUUAAGGAGAGUAUAAGACCCCCUCGGAGGCAGGGGGAUAGGAAGAAAUGGGUAUAUCCUGGCUUUGCUUUCUCUCCUGUUCUGUAGGAAAUGAGAGCAAAUCACAGGGAAGAAGACUUCAGCCCCACCUCCAAGGAUUUUUGUGCUCCUAUCCAUGCAGGUGCUGUGAUGCCUGCACUCCUUACCCUGAGAAGCUUGGGGUUAUACUUGGGAGAGGCAGAAAGAAUGGGUCCAGGGAUCCUCUCUCACAUUUGCUGUAUUCAUAGUCCGGGACUCCAGCAGGCCUUUUUAAGCCUUUGGGAACAAGCAUGGUGCAGUAAGUGCUGGCCUCCAAUAGCCAGCAGGGGGCAGCACCGAGCCCCAUUUGCCCUGAACUUCCUAGGAGUCUCGGAGGUAACUUUCUGUCUGGGCCGCCACACUUUACCAACUCUCAGAGACAGGCCUGGACUCUUCUGAGCGACACCAUCUCUGCUUCUGGGCCCCAGAAGAGUGCUCCAGACAGGACAACCCCUGGGAGCAUUCUGCCUGAGUGGGGAGGAGGGAGAGGAAAGCAUCCCAGGUGACCACAGGCACUCCUGCUGUGGAGCCAGACCAGACCAAAGGAGACCUCUGUCUUUAGUGUGAGGGAUUGCCUUGCUGGCAAUUAAAUAUCCAAAACGCUCCUGGGGAGGGGGGGUAGAGGCGGAUUUAGCUCAGUUUUUAGGGUCUUCAAAGGCUGUAGGCUUUUGAGGGUCUCAGGACCCAUCCAUACCCCGCUGAGCCUGGAUUUCUUCCCUGUGUGGACAGCAGGCAGGGGAGGGUGACAGGUUCUGAGUGUAAACAUUGACUCCAAGUCUGGACUGCAGGCUCUUUCCUCAGUUGGAGGUAGGGCGGCUCUGGCCCUCAAGGAGGCCCCCAUGUCUAAUAAAAGACUGUGAACCCCUGUGGAGCAUGCAAUGCUGGCGCUACCCCAGCGCUGUCAGAGGGCAACCAGACCACCUCAGCAGAGACGAUGGUGUAAUGGCUGGGGUGCGGGAGAAGCUGGGAGAGGGGAGUGCAGGCAGAUGGAACAAGGAAGGCUCCCUAGAUAGUGUGUCUGUUGCUAUAGUUACACAUUUAGGGUGGCACACUGUGAAUCAGAGAGUGAGAUCCAGAGCACUCACAUGUCUAAAAAAUGCC